UACACAGCAAUAAAAAGAAGAAAAAUUAAUAUUGAAAACCGUACAUCUGAGAAUUUGAGGAAGUAAAGCAACAUUGUGCUCUAAAAAGAAUCAUUCGGAAAUUAAACCAGAGAAGCUACAGAAAAAUAAAAAAGGAGUUCAUAUUUGUAAACUUCUGACAUAAUAUUUGAAUCGUAAAACAAAAGGAAUGACAUAUGAUUUAUACCCCUAUCCCGGGGCAGACACAAGGGAGAAGUUGUAUAAAUGUGUCGAAUGUGGGAAAAGCUUCAAUUGGAGAAGUUCUCUUACUAUACAUCUAAGGACCCACACGGGGGAUAAGCCUCAUAGAUGCGUGGAAUGUGGAAAGAGCUUCAUUCGAAGGGGAGAGCUGCGUUCCCAUCAACGGACCCACACAGGGGAGAAGCCAUACGAAUGCAUGGAAUGUGGAAAGAACUUCUCUCAAAGUGGAGCUCUGCGUUCCCAUCAAAGGACCCACACAGGGGAGAAGCCAUACGAAUGCACAGAAUGUGGAAAGAGCUUCAUUCGCAGUGGACAGUUGCAUUGCCAUCAAAGGACCCACACAGGGGAGAAGCCAUACGAGUGCGUAGAAUGUGGAAAGAGCUUCCGGUGGAGUUCGGAAUUUGCUAAACAUCGACGAAUUCACACGGCGGAGAAGUCAUACAAAUGCCUGGGAUUUGGAAUGAGCUUCAGCGAUGGUGGAUCAUUAAAUGAACAUCAACAAACUGACACAGGGGAGAUCCCAUAUAAAUGUAUGGGAUGCGGAAUGAGUUUCAGUGAUAAUAGUACAUUUACUAAACACCGGAGCAUUCACGCAGGAGAGAAGCCAUAUGAAUGCAUGGAAUGUGGAAAGACCUUCUCGCAGACCGGACAGCUGCUUUGCCAUCAAAGGACCCACACAGGGGAGAAGCCCUAUAAAUGUAUAGAAUGUGGAAAGACCUUCUCUCAGGCUGGGUCGCUGCAUUCCCAUCAAAGGACCCACACAGGGGAGAAGCCAUAUAAAUGCAUAGAAUGCGGAAAGACCUUUGCUCAGGUUGGACAUCUGCAUUCCCAUCGAAGGACCCACACAGGAGAGAAGCCCUAUAAAUGCGUGGAAUGUGGAAAGAGCUUCAGUCAAAGUAGCCAUCUGCAUUACCACCAAAGGACCCACACAAAGGAGAUGCCGUAUGAAUGCGGAGAAUGUGGAAUGAGCUUCAGUGAAGGUGGAACAUGCAGAAGACAUCAAAGAAUCCAUACAGGGGAGAAACCAUACAAAUGCAUCGAAUGUGGGAAAAGUUUCAGUCGGAGCACACAUCUGCGUUACCAUCAAAGAGUCCACACAGGGGAGAUGCCAUAUAAAUGCUUGGAAUGUGGAAUGGGCUUCAAUGGUGAGAGAUCGUUGACUAAACAUCAAAGAAUUCACACAGGGGAGAUGCCAUAUAAAUGCACAGAAUGUGGAGUUAGCUUCAGUGACAGUGGAACGUGCAGGAAACAUCAAAGAACCCACACAGGGGAGAAGCCAUAUAAAUGCAUCGAAUGUGGGAGGAGCUUCAGUCGGAGCGCACAUCUGCGUUCCCAUCUAAGGGUCCACACCGGGGAGGUGCCAUAUAAAUGCAUGGAAUGUGGAAUGAGCUUCAGUAGCGGUAGAUCAUUAAGUAAACAUCAAAUAAUCCAUGGAAGGGAGAUGCCAUAUAAAUGCAUAGAAUGUGGAACGAGUUUCAGUAACGGAAGAUCAUUAACUAAUCACCAAAGAAUUCACACAGGGGAGAAGCCUUAUAAAUGUAUGGAAUGUGGGGAGAGCUUCAGGAAUGCUUCAACGUGUGCCAGGCAUAAAAGAAUACACACGGGGAAGAAGCAUUUCCAAAGGGUCUCAAAAUGAAGCUGUAUGUCUUCUCAGCUAAGUGGGAAGUCUUUGAGACUGUUUCAUCACUAUCUGUAGCAACAUAGAAUCAUACAGUUGGAAGAUGUUACGAUAAGUCCUUGCAGGACCAAGUAUAUGUGUAUUGAAGAAAAACCUUAUUGUGUGUAAUUAUCAUGAGCAGCUGGCAAAGUAGGUCAACCCGCAAUCUUGAACCACACCCCAGGGGCUAUAUCUGUUUGAGUUUUCUUGAAUACGUUCUGGAGUACCAGCAUGGAGUUCCAUCAGGAGAUCCUGAAGGAGAGCUUCUGGAGAGCCUUUUCUGUGAUGGCGCGAGUGGCGCCACCUAUAUAUAGAAUUGUAAGUUGCAGGUUUUGAACUGUUGUAUCAUGCCUGAUUUUGCCUUUUUACCCUGUAAAUGUAUAGUUGGAUUGAUUGGUUAUUUAUAGCUGUUGUUUGCACCAGUUAUAUUGCUUCCUCAGCUCAAUUGUUUGACCCCACCUCUUCCUGGAGCAGGACAGUGUUUCCUUUUUCAUUCCACCAUCAAACUUUCUAUCAGAUGGACGUGAGAGAGAGAUUUGGCUCUAAAAGCCCUUGAUUAAGUUACCUCUCAGCACCAAUUCUAAGGUUCUUUCCCUUGAGACUUAUGCUUCAUGU